UGAGAGAUUGAGAGAAGACAGCUCAACUAUUUUGCAGUAGAUACGCAGCCCCUUUACUAUGAGCUAUGAUGAGGCAGGAGUAAGAACAUCAAUGUAGCACCUUACAGUUGUAUCGCAUUAUGUCGAUGGUGAGGAAGUCUUCCUUCGUGGUCAUAGGCGGUGGUAUAGCGGGAGUGUCUUGCGCCCAGCAGCUAUCCGAGUCCUCUCCCGAAGCUGACAUUACCGUGAUUGCCGCUUCCCCUCUCAUCAAAGCCGUCACAAACGUCAGGCAGCUAUCCCGUGCACUGACUGGGUUUGACGUCACCGAGAAGGAGCCCUCGACGCUGAGUGAAGCGUAUCCGAAUAUCGCUGUCAUCCACUCCAGCGUGCUGAAGCUUGAUGCCGAAGGGCAGACUGUGCGCCUGAGCGAUGGCUCAACAGUGCAGUACAAACGCCUAUGUAUCUGUUCCGGGGCAACACCAAAGCUUAUAGCUCCUGACAAUCGCCAUGUGAUUGGCAUCCGUGAUACCCAGAGUGUGUCUCACUUGACAUCUGCACUGACGGGUGCUCGCCGUGUGCUCAUCAUUGGCAAUGGAGGAAUAGCAACCGAGCUGGUAUACGCCAUUGACGGUUGUGACGUCGUGUGGGCCAUAAAGGACAAGGCCAUUGGCAGUGCAUUCUUUGACAGUGGCGCUGCUCACUUCUUUCUGCCUGCCCUGUCCGGUGCUGGCAAUGCCGAUUCCAGUCACGGCAAUGCCGAGGCUGGUGAUGGUGUUGUACCGGACUGUGAAGUCUUCAUUGCAAGCAAGCGUAUGAAGUACCGAUUGGAAGAAACACCAUCAUCAUCGUCAUCACAAGCAAGCAGCUCUCACACAUCAGCGGACAGUAGCUGUGGCAUGGGCAGUGCGCUAGGACCCGACUGGUCCGAGCCGACUGGUGCAUUCUCCAAGCAGGCGAGAAGUCCCCGCCGAACGGGUGUAGUCGACGUUGUGUACUCCUGUGAAGUUGAUGAGAUUCUCGAGCCGAACCCUGAGCUGUAUGUGAAGGAACAUAGCCAAUCGACUGUCUCCACCGGCAUGAAAGUAAAUGACUGGCCGGUGUUUGUGCGCCUCACCAAUGGCCAGCUGUACGGCUGCGACUUUGUUGUAUCGGCGACCGGGGUGCUGCCACAGGUCAAGCCGUUCACCGACUGUGCCGAGUUCAAAGUUGCUGAGGAUGGAGGCCUGGUUGUUGACUCGAGCAUGCGUACGAAUAUUCCGCAUGUCUAUGCUGCCGGUGAUGUCUGUUCUGCUGGAUGGACUCCUGCUGCUCAGUGGAUCCAGAUGCGGCUAUGGACUCAGGCCAGGCAGAUGGGAUGCUAUGCUGCUUUGUGCAUGGCAGAAGAAAGUGGAGAACGUGCUGCUAUGGACUUCUCCUUUGAGCUGUUUGCGCAUGCGACCAAGUUCUUCGGCUACAAGGUCGUACUGCUGGGGCUGUUCAACGGGCAAGGUUUGCCGGACGAUCAUGAGCUGCUUGUACGCAGUACGGAGGGCGUUGAAUAUGUCAAGGCAGUAUUGCACGGCGGUCGCAUGCAAGGCGCGGUCUUGAUCGGCGAGACGGACUUGGAAGAAACGUUUGAAAAUCUUAUUCUCAACCAGAUGGACUUGAGUGCAUACGGGGAGUCACUGCUGGACCCUGGUGUUGACAUUGAGGAUUAUUUUGACUGAUGUUGGGGGUAUUGAAGACUACGGAUUUCUUUGGUUGGGGUUGGGAGAGUCAAGACCAGUUUGACUGAGUUCAUUCGAUGCGACACGACGACUCUCCUCAAGGCUAUACGACUAGCAAUCCAACGGCAUCGGUUGCUGCAGCUGGGGUAUGCACUGUGAAUACAGGAUGCUGCCAGUAUCAGUAUCAUGAAAGUGGUUCCAGCCCAUACCCACACGUUGUAUGCCUGACUAUCGGCCUGUGUGCAGGCUACAGAGCAGCUAGUGAAGCCAAGGUUUGAAUCAGGGAAGAGCUUGAACUUCACACGGGGUUAACAAGUAGACAUGCAAAGACCGUGUCUCUUGCCCAAUGGCAACAUCUGAACCCCGUCUUUCCUCCACGCAUCGUUAUCAGUUCAGCAGCAUUUGUCGUUGGUGGCAUGGACGGAGAGUAUCGCAAGGUGCCGAUGAGAUGAAGAAGUGGUUGUUGGACCUGAUGAUGGCAGGGCGGACAUUCUCUUUUGAAGGUAUUGUGAUAGCCACCUUCCCUGAUCUGUGUCCUGCCCGCGUUCUGGCGUGCCAACUUGACAUACUUACCACUUGCCUCCACCGCCUGUCUUGCAAAAGUGUACAUUGUUGCAGUACCAUGCUCUAGCAUGGACCAGUGUGCACAUGCUGUAUUCUGUAGCCAUUACUUUUCCAGCUGAAAGGGGCUCUUAGGGUACAUGUAUGUCCUCUUCAAAAUCAACUUCACGUAUAACGGGACUGAAUUCAGCCUGUGUAUAAGUGUGAUCGCUUCCUGUGGAUUAGAUGGUUACAUGGAGCAGUCCUUGUCAACUAGAGCCGUCAAGUUGGGGUCUGAGUAACUCAUGGUGGGUGUUUUCUACUGGUUGUUCGCGACUGCUCAAUCUGAAUCAUCUUGAAGACAGAGUCAGCCAUGAUCCAAGUCUGUGUUUGCCAUGUGCAGCACUCAGAAAGACUGAUUUUUGCAUUUAUUUAUUUCACAAUUAGGGUGGCAAGUGGCUACAAUACGUAUUAUGUGGGCUAUUGUGACCAGCUAUGGCGUGUGAGAACGAAACUGAUGCAAUAUGAACUAAGAUUUUAUUCACUUUUUUUAAUGUUAUACUUUUGACUGGCUGGUCCAUGUCUUAGCCUUUACGGACCGUCAAGGAAUUCUAGUCUUUCUCUACCCAGUUCUAGGACCUUUUUAUACAUUCCAUCUGAAAACAUAAGGUUGGAGUUCACACAUAUCCUUGUGUUUCUCAGAUAGAGAGUCUGAUGUUUCUUGAAUAAAGAAUUGCAUGCUGAGCUGCUUCUUGAA